ACACAAGGGAUGAGGAUACCAAGGUAAAGCCACGAGGAUUUUGAGGUACUUGAAUCAGUCAGGGUCCUGCUACUCAUCGGGACACUCAUGCUUUCUUAAAUUCACCUCGAAUUUGUAGUUUAAAAUUUGUCUGACCAUAACUAGUCUAUACUACUUGAAAUAAAAAAAUUAUUAAAAAAACACUUGUUAUCAUCAACGAGUCUAUAAAUUUUAAAUCAUAUAUAUUUUUAACUUAAAAACAAAACAAUUAACAAAGUGUAGGUGUUUUUUUUUUUUUUUAAAUUAAAUUUUAUUGUGUUUUUUCAUUUUUUAAAAUAUUUUUCUUCGUUAAAAAAAAUUAGGCGAUUGGAAUAUUUAGCUGAUUAUUAUAUUGAACACAAAGUGAAGUGUAAAUUAAAGUGAAAUUAUUUUAAUAUUAAUUAUAUUUUUUUUAAUCAAGUGUUGUUUAAAUGAUAAUUAAUUAUUUGGAAAAAAUUUGAAAUAAAUUAUUUAAUAUUCAAAAUGUGUGAAACAGUACCAAGAAGUUGGUUGAUGAAACACGAUAUUCACAGUGGUGGUAUACCAGCUGGAGCAUUAUCACCACCAGCAACAUUGUCACCACCAAGUAGUCCAUGUAUAUUACAAUCAUCACCAUGGAGUCCAGGUGGUCCAACUAAUGGUAGCAAUAGUUCAAGUAGUGGUAUAUCAAGUAUACAAAGUACUGCUCCACUAUCAUAUAAUCAACGUCUCAGUGCUUUUAAUUUUGUAUCAAAUUAUAAUCCUGAUUUUAUAAUGCAAAAACAUCCAACAAAUUCAUCAUCAAGAGUUACAGACAUGCGAAGUGGUUUGGUAUAUGGUGGUUACAAUACGACUUGGUGGGCCCAUCAUGCAAUGGGCCUUUUGCUGCCGCAUUCCCUUCUGCCAUCAAGAAUUUCAGGCCAACAAACGACACCAGUUGCUCAACAUUCACCCAUACAUCCUGAACCACCUAGUCCAAUUCGUACAAAUUCUCCACAAACAACAAUACCCGAACAACCACAAUAUUCUGUUGAAGGUGCUGGUCGUUUUAAUGAGGAAGAAGUACCCCUUAAUUUGAGCACAAAACCAAGUGAUAUAUCAUCGGGUAUUAAUCGAAAGAGUGAAAUUUGGUCACCUGGUUCAGUUUGUGAGCGUGAAGCAAGAGAAAUAUCAGCAAGAAAUUCACCAUUAACAACAACACCAAUAAUUACAAGGCAAAUUCACCAUUCACCACUAACACCACCAUCAUCAAAUGAACGCACAUUUCAGUGUAAACAAUGUGGUAAAGCCUUCAAAAGAUCUAGCACAUUGAGUACUCAUUUAUUAAUACACUCGGAUACAAGACCCUAUCCAUGUCAAUAUUGUGGCAAGAGGUUUCAUCAAAAAUCAGACAUGAAAAAACACACGUACAUACAUACUGGUGAAAAACCACAUAAAUGUGUUGUUUGUGGUAAGGCAUUUUCUCAAUCAAGCAAUCUGAUAACUCAUAUGAGAAAACAUACGGGUUAUAAACCCUUCCAGUGUGGUCUUUGUGACAAAGCAUUUCAAAGAAAAGUUGAUUUAAGAAGACAUCGUGAGGGACAACAUCCAGCUGCACCCGCACUUGACUAUCGUACAUUACAAAUACCAAGUUCAAAUAAUUUAUCAAGAUCAUCAUUGACGACAACAACAAACUAUCAUCUUAUACCAGUACCAGGCAGCAGCUGAGACCAAAUACAUUUUAAUAUUAACAUAUAUAUCAACUUAGAAAAAUCAAAAAUAAUAAUAAUAUACAUUUUUUUAAAUUACAUAUCGGCUGGACCAAUGAGUUUCUAAAAAAAACUAUUAAAUAACGAGAAAAAAAAAACUAGAAAAAUACAGUUUAAUCAAACUGUAUAGUGUCCAAGUUUCAUCGUCAUAAAUAUAUAUAUAUAUUUUUUUUUUUCAAGCCGUCCAAUUGUUUAAAAAACAAACUGUAAAUAUUAAUGUUGAGAAAAUAAUUUUAUUGAUUCAUUUUAAAUUUAAUUUUAGCUAUAUUAAUUACAAAAAAAAAAGUAAAAAAAUGAAAAAAAAAAAUUUAAAAAACAAAAAAGGAAAA